UCUUUAUAUAACGCGACCAAUUUUUGUCAUCUGCAUACCCAUUUUCACAUUCCGAAAUCCGAACAGAAGUUGAAUCAAACAAGAAAUGGCAAUGCUUAGAGCUUUCAAAACCACCACCUUCCGUCGAUUUUCCUCUUCAAUCUCCACGUUCAGAUCUGUGAGCACACUAGUUGUAGCAGAACACGAAGGUGGUGCUAUAAAGGCUCCAUCUUUGAGUGCCAUAGAGGCUGCAAAGGCUCUGGGUGGUGAUAAUUCAAUUUCUAUUCUUGUAGCUGGAUCAGGUCCUUCUCUUCAUGAAGCUGCUAGUAGUGCUGCCUCUUGCCAUCCUUCAAUUUCACAGGUUCUUGUCGCUGAUUCAGAUAAAUUUACUCAUUCUUUAGCAGAACCAUGGGCUAGGUUAGUCCAUUUGGUUCAGCAGAAAGGUGGCUACUCACAUAUAGUUGCUGCUUCAAAUUCAUUUGGAAAAAACAUAUUGCCUCGUGCAGCUGCCCUUUUAGAUGUUUCUCCAAUUACUGAUGUUGUUAAUAUUUCUAGUUCUAGUCAAUUUGUCAGACCAAUUUAUGCCGGAAAUGCGCUUUGUACUGUUCGGUAUACUGGCACCAAUCCUUGUAUGUUGACCAUUAGAUCGACCUCUUUUCAAGUACCAACUGUCUCAGCUGAUUUAAAAUCCAAUGAAGCUCCAAUUUCCCAGGUUGAUCUCUCAACCUUUGGUGAAGGUCUAAAGGAUUUGUCUUAUGGUUUUUCACAAUUCUGUUGAGAGCGCCCUGACCUCGGAAGUGCAAGAAUUGUGGUGACUGGGGGCCGGGCAUUGAAAAGUGCAGAGAACUUCAAAAUGAUUGAGAAGCUUGCAGAAAAGCUUGGUGCAGCUGUUGGUGCUACCCGUGCUGCUGUCGACGCAGGAUUUGUUCCAAAUGAUCUCCAGGUUGGUCAGACUGGAAAAAUUGUUGCCCCAGAAUUAUACAUGGCUUUUGGUGUUUCUGGAGCCAUUCAACACAUAGCUGGCAUGAGAGAUUCCAGGGUCAUUGUUGCUGUAAAUAAAGAUUCAGAUGCACCUAUUUUCCAGGUAGCUGAUUAUGGACUAGUUGGUGAUCUUUUUGAGGUGAUACCAGGGUUAUUGGAGAAGCUUCCUGAGAAAAAGUAGAUCCUGUAUACCUGAAAACUGAAAGUCUACAUAAAGGAAUACAAUCUCUUGUUCAAUAAGAAUGUUUCAAUUGGAAGAUACUAAAAACAAUAGCAAUAAUGAAAAGGGAAUUUGAUAUCUAUUUUACUAACUUGAACAAUUCUAGUCUUUGGAAGAGCUGAUUCUUUUUUUUUU